CGGUUCUGGAUGUUCCGGUUGGUGGGAACGACCGCCGAGCUUGGCUAGAUUCGCGAGCAGCGUCGCAGUACGUGUUAAAGAAAGGAGGUUGAAGAUAGGUACCGUGGAGUUUUCAGAACUUGGCAACGGAUGGCGUCAUAUAUGGGGUGAAGAUCUGGGAUUUGUUCAUGCCUCCACAUUUCCAAUCGUCUUUCCAGGCGAAGUAUGAGAACUUUACUUCCUUGUCCUCACUCAUUUUGAUACCUAUCUCACACCUUAAACCACUGCCACUGUUCAGGUGUAGCUUUUAUUCAGUUCAACGAAGAUGAAGGAAGCACUCGUGAGCAAAGGGACCCAAGUCCAAAUUGUUGACUCCCCCAUUCCGACGCCCAACGAAGACCAAGUCCUCAUCAAAGUCAUCGCCUCUGGCUCCAACCCCAAGGACUGGAAGUACCCCGACAUAUUCGACAACAACAUCAACCAAGGCGACGACAUCGCCGGCAUCGUCGAGAAGGUCGGCGCCAAUGUCUUUGAGUUCAAGCCGGGCGACCGCGUGGCAGCCUUCCACGAGAUGCGUACGGCAGCGGGGAGCUUCGCCGAGUACGCCAUCGCCUGGCAGCACACCACCUUCCACAUCCCCGCGUCCACCACCUUUGAAGAAGCGGCAACCAUCCCCCUCGCCGCCAUGACCGCCGCCGUAGCGCUCUACCUCAGCCUCGGCCUCCCGCAGCCCUGGUCCCCCACCGCCCAAAAGCCCACCCCCACCACCCCAACCCCCCUCAUAAUCUACGGCGCCGCCACCGCCGUCGGUGUCUACGCGAUCCAGCUCGCCCAGCGCAGCAACAUCCACCCACUCCUCUGCGUCGCCGGACGGGCAUGCGACUACGUCUCCAGCCUACUAGACUCCUCGCGCGGGGACGCCGUGAUCGACUACCGCGAGGGCGACGAGGCCGUGGUGGCGGGUCUGGUGGGCGCGCUGCAGAAGCAGGGUUUGCAAGCAGCGCAUGUGCUGGAUGCGGUGUCGGAGGGGAGCAGUGUCGCUAACCUUGUCGAGGUGUUGAAGAAGGCGGGGCGGAAGGGGAAGGAUGGGAAGGUGCUGGAGGGAGUGAAGGUGACGGGCUUGUUGGGGCGGAAGGAGGGGUGGCCGGAGGGGGCGGAGCAGCGGGCGACGCUGGUGGCGGAUGUGCAUGGUGAGGCGAAGGAUUUUGGGUAUGUGUAUUUUCGGUAUUUUGCGAGGGGUUUGCAGGAGGGGUGGUUCAAGGGGCAGAGGACUGAGGUGGUGCCUGGGGGGUUGGGGGGCAUCCAGGACGGGUUGCGGAAGUUGAAGGAGGGGAAGGCGAGUGGGUUGAAGUAUGUUUUUAGAAUUGGCGAGACGGAGGGCGUUGAGCGUUAGAGGACAAGAGGGUAAGACUGAUAAAGGUUUGUGUUUGUGCCCGCCAUGCUGGCAAAG